AUUCCGUAACGCCUGUAAAACCAUACGAUUCAACUACAGAGAAUUUUUGUCUUUCAGCUCAUGAUGGAAAAUUGGGUUUUCUGGACGAAUGCGACGACGCACAAUCAUUCCCUGAUAAGAUUGGAUAUUACCUCACUUCUCUCGAGAUCAUUAUUAAAAAUGAGAGUGGCAAAAGGCACGAAAAAGCAUUGCAAUUGUACGAAAAGAAUGGUGGCGUGGCAGGGACCUCCAAGAUCUCUGUCAUUCAAGUCUCUAAGUCGAGCCACGAAGCUAGUGCUGGGGCACAGAUGACCUCUAAGAUUGGUACUCGGCCUGAUCGCCAGCUAUCAAGAGAUUGGCAAUCGCGAAAAAGUAAAGAGACCGCUGCCACCUCAGUACACUUACACUAUCCAACAUUUAAG